UUGGUCGUCGUGAUCGUAGCCAUGUUCGCGCGUGUUUUUAAACUGUUUGUAGUAUUUGACAGUGACAAUGUCGUCGCAAAAAAUUCCGUUUUACAAUACUGAAAGCAACACAGUGAUAGAAGUAAAUUUAUCAGAAGAAGAUACCGUUCGCGCUCAAAAUCAUUUGGCUUUUGCCACAAAAAUCAUGGAGGCUGCUUUGAAACAGAAACAGGCAACAACAAUAAUGAAUUCAAUAAUUGUGAAUCCUCCUUCCACGGAUCCUGAGAUCCAACAAUAGGAGAAAACUACAAACACCGAUACUGAAGAUUUAGAUGGAUCAGAAUUCUUGUCAUAUUUAUACAAAGAUGUAAUAAACUUUUCCUAUGUCGAUAAGAAGCCACGAUACAUGGAAGAUGUCAAUUAUUUUCCCGACAAUGUACCAAAUGUUCCGUAUAUCGCACAGCUUAAAGAUGAGAAAAAAGUAAAUUAUCUUUAUGAAAUUCCACCAAAUAAUCUAUAUUAUACACAGCCAAAAUCUGAAGAAAACACACGUCCGAUUAAACUUGUUGCCGGGCUAGAUAACUUGAGACCCAUCGAUGAGAGUUUCUGUUUGAACGACGUACUUAGAGCGAAUUCUUCACUGUCGAGUCGGGUCCAAUGCGCUCGUACUUGUCGCAAGGGCGAUCGCAGGAUCUGCUAUUAUAAUUUUGUCGUGGAAAAUUAUCGCAUUAAUGGACCGGCCUGUAAUUUGUGUACCCCCGAUUCGAUCAACGUCUUCUGUAGCACUUGUGAAUGCGUACUUGCUGACGGCGUUGAACGUUCGGCGCGCAUUGUAAAUAGACAAAUGCCAGGACCAGCAAUCGAAGUAUGCGAAGGUGAUCACGUAGUAAUCGACGUUUCGAAUCACAUGAGCGGUUCUGACCUGUCGAUUCAUUGGCACGGAUUGUUCCAAAAAGGGUUUCAGUACUAUGACGGUGUACCAUUUAUUACGCAAUGUCCCAUCGUAGAGGAUACCACAUUUAGAUAUCAGUGGCGCGCGAACAAUCCGGGAACACACUUCUGGCAUGCACAUAGCAGUCUACAAAAGAUGGAUGGCAUUUUUGGCAGCAUCAUUGUACGUCAACCUGCCGAGGUCGAUCCUCACAGUCAUCUGUAUGAUUACGAUCUUUCUACUCAUGUUUUGGUUAUCAGCGAUUGGAUGCAUGAAGAAGCUGUAAGUUUUCCGGAAAGACGUUUCUUUAAAGUCGGCGCACGACCGGAUUCGAUACUCAUUAACGGCAAAGGAAGAUACACGGAUCUGGAAACCGGGAUUACGACAAAUACUACGCUGGAAGUGAUCGACGUGGAACCCGGCAAACGAUAUCGUAUUCGUCUGAUCAAUGCGUUUUGCACAGUUUGCCCUGGUUUGCUUUCCAUACAAGAUCACAAAUUAAGUGUUAUUGCCUCGGAUGGUUUGGACAUAAAGCCAGUGACGGUGGAUUCUAUCACGUCAUUUGCAGGUGAGCGUUACGAUUUUAUUUUACACGCCAACAAAACUGUCGGCUCUUAUUGGAUACAAGUCCGUGGUUUGGGAGAUUGCGCAGCAUUAGGUGUGCAACAAUUAGCAAUCCUGCGCUACAAAGGUGCACCGAGUAAGCCAUCAUUGCAAUCUCCUAGUUACAACAAAGCUCUUCCUCAAGGUCUUGUGCUGAACGCGUUAAAUGCGACCUGCGAAGUACCGACAGAAAACACGAUUUGCGUGAGUAAUCUAAAUAGCAUAGGUCCGAUAGACAAAAAUAUUCUUCAACAAGAGCCUGACCUAAAGUUUUACCUGCCUGUCAGUUUUUAUCAAUACGCGCCUCAGGAAUUCUUUCAGCCUAAUAAUAUGUACAUGGUUUCAGAAGAUGGAAAUCUCCUAAACGCUGUAGUCGACGGCAUAUCGUUCAAGUUUCCACCUUCUCCACCGCUUUCUCAACCCGAGGAUAUUCCGAGUAACCAAUAUUGCAACGAAAACACUUUAUUCGAGCAUUGUCCUGGAAAUGGUGCGUGCACGUGUACACAUAAACUGAAUAUUCCGCUCAAUUCGAUUGUCGAAAUAUUACUGAUCGAUGAAUUACAAGUGACCAACUUAACUCAUCCAUUUCACAUGCAUGGACAUGCUUUUUACGUGAUGAGUAUGGGGCGCACUAAUGUGAGCAGUAUUAACUGGAAAAUUGUAUGGGAAAUGGAUAGAAAGCAGCAAGUCAACAGAUGCUUCGAUAAGCCGGUCAUGAAGGACACCGUCAUAAUUCCGUACAAUGGUUACACCAUUUUGCGCUUCCAUGCAGAUAAUCCCGGCUACUGGUUAUUCCACUGUCAUUUUAUUUAUCAUCAAAUGGUUGGCAUGAGUGUACUUUUACACGUCGGCGAGCAAGAAGACAUCCCACCUGUGCCGAAGAAUUUUCCGAAGUGCGGCGGAUAUUCACCGCCCAUUGAAUACAGUGCUUAUUCGUUGUUUAUCAGAACGUAACGUUUA